CCAAAAUCCCUCCUGCAGUGUGUGCAAACCUGUUCAGUCAGGCCUCGGCCGUAAGAAGUUACACCAAGUUUGUGAUGGGUAUCGCUGUGAGUGUUUUAACAUAUCCAUUCAUGCUGGUGGCUGAUCUAAUGGCAGUCAGCAACUGUGGUCUGGCUGCAGGUCUUCCUCCUCACUCUCCCGUCUUCAAGUCCUGGCUGCACUGCUGGACUCACCUGAGCCACAAGGGUCACCUCUUCAGAGGAUCCAGCUUCUUUUUCCGCCGGGUGCCUGUCACUUCCCUGUCCUCCAACGAGGACUAACGUCAUCAUCAACUUGCUGUCGUCCAUAUUUGGCAGAGCAGCAGAUGAACCUUUUGGUCCCUUCAGUCCAGUUUGGUGAGGAUGAGGAGGUUCUCUUCACCGCCUGUUUGAGUCUGUGGUGCUUUGUUCUCGACCAAACGUUGUGAAUAUACUGCAAUUCUGAUUUCAUGGCUUCUCCUGCGUAGCAACAGCCACUGAGGCUCAUGGGUAAUGCAGAAAUUAAUGCUGUCACACAAACCAAACUGAAAGAAGAACCCUCAUCUCUGAGUGGAAACCUUUUUCAACCAUAACUCCUGCAGUGUCAUUGGUUUCUGUUUCUUGGGUUGGCGAUGGUGCAGUUGAUAAGACACUGAUCCAUCUACCAAUGUGUCCCUGAGCAAGACACUUUACCCAUUGUUGCUCCAGAGGCAUGUGACCUCUGACAUAUCUAGCAAGUGUCAGUCGCUUUGGAUAAAAGCAUCAGCUAAAUGAGUAAAUGUUAUUGUGGAGGGACACUGAGUUUGACCUUACCCACUGCUAAUCAUUUACACUACACUUAACAUAAUGGAUAACAGAUUUUGCAAAACUCAAAACAUGUUUGUUUUAGAAAUGUGGAUGUUCAGGCUGCCAUAGAUUUCCACUCUUCCCUCAUACAUCCUCCUCCCAGACCUCACUCCCAUGCUUACUCUCAGCCUUCUAUCAGCAGUGACUCCCCUCCUCCAGUGUCUUCACACGAGGCCACUUCAUAAUUGAAGCUGCAUGGCUCUUUGAUCACAGGUGCGCUGCAUCUGAAGGCUCUGCGGUUUCUUUGCGAUUCAAACUAGCAUCUGUUUCUGAAAAUAAUGUGUUUCUAGUUUUGCUGAGACCAACAAAAAGUAUUUUUUUAAGUUUAAAGGAACAUUAUUUUAAAAAAGUGAAUAAAUUAUGAAUAUACAGUAUAUACAUGCAUGGAAAACCCCAUGCCUGUAACUUCAUGUAAUUUUUUUUUUUUACCCUGAAGUUCUCUGGAUCUUUUUGUGCUUGUUUUUGUAUUUAUUUUUGUGCUAUAAACAUGUCAUUCCAUCAAA